UCGCAUUACAAUCAGCACAUAAGACCAGUAGAAAAUGUGUCUGAUCCUGUCAUGGUACAUUUUGAGGUUGCAAUAACUCAACUUGUUAAUGUGGAUGAAGUUAAUCAAAUCUUGGAGACCAACUUGUGGCUUCGCCAUAUCUGGAAUGAUUACAAGCUGCAAUGGAAUCCUAUGGAUUAUGAUGGAAUUGAAUUUAUGCGUGUUCCUGCAGACAAGAUUUGGAAACCUGACAUUGUCUUAUAUAAUAACGCCGUUGGAGACUUUCAAGUAGAAGGGAAGACUAAAGCUUUACUGAAAUACAAUGGCUUAAUAACCUGGUCUCCUCCAGCAAUCUUCAAGAGCUCAUGUCCUAUGGAUAUAACUUUUUUUCCAUUUGAUCAUCAGAACUGUUCGCUGAAGUUUGGCUCAUGGUCAUAUGACAAAGCUAAAAUAGACCUUUCUAUCAUUGGAUCAAAAGUUGACAUGAAAGAUUUUUGGGAGAACAGUGAAUGGGAAAUAGUUGAUGCUUCUGGAUAUAAACACGAUAUUAAAUAUAAUUGUUGUGAAGAGAUCUAUACCGAUAUAACAUAUUCUUUUUAUAUCAGAAGACUCCCUAUGUUCUACACCAUUAAUCUGAUCAUGCCAUGCCUCUUCCUUUCAUUUUUAACUGUACUGGUGUUCUACCUUCCAUCUGACUGUGGGGAGAAAGUCACUCUCUGCAUCUCUGUGUUGUUGUCCUUGACUGUGUUUUUGUUGGUAAUCACCGAAACCAUUCCCUCAACCUCUCUGGUAAUUCCACUUGUUGGAGAAUACCUUCUAUUCACCAUGAUAUUUGUAACGCUGUCCAUAGUAGUAACAGUAUUUGUGCUUAACAUCCAUUACCGGACACCAACAACACACAAAAUGCCUGCAUGGGUCAGGGAUGUCUUUUUGAAACGCCUUCCUAAAUUACUUAUGAUGAGAAAGACUAUGGAGAAAAAAGACCGACCUUGUUCUAAAAGAAACAGGAAGAGGAAUUUUGGCAAGACAGGAAAACUCAUGAAUUCACAGUGUAGAGAUGUGGAAGUUUUUGAAGAUGAGACUUGUUAUCACUGUAUGAAAACAAAGGAACAGAGCACAAGAAACCGCAGGCGACAUCACCAAGAAGCUUGUAACGCAGUUCAACAGUCACCAGGAGAAAUGAAAGAUGUUGUUGACAGCAUUCAGUUCAUGUCAGAAAAUAUCAAAGAUCAUAACGAAAGGAAAGAGGAAGAAGAUGAUUGGAAGUAUGUUGCAAUGGUUAUUGACCGAGUCUUUCUUUGGGUCUUCAUAAUCCUAUGUGUUCUAGGUACCACUGGCUUAUUUUUACAGCCAAUGAUAGAUGGGAACAAAACAUAA